ACAGGAGGCGGACACGCGCGCGCUCUCCGGCUCACUGCCUCAUCCGCUGUGACGGAAUACACGGCGCUUCUGACCGAGCGCGCGCUGGCCAGCCGGAGCUCCAACAGCGGCCUGAGAUUACCGCCUCCUGUCUGACAUUUAUAGCAGGUGCACAAGGACGGCUUUUCAUCCGACACAGACCUCCGCGUUAAUGAAACUUCGCUCCGAUUCCAGAGCUGGAGUUGGCGUACACCAUGUUAAGAUAAAGCCUAAGCUGGCUGUGUUGAACAUGCUAAAGAGGCUGGACAAAAUAAGGUUCCGAGGGUCGAAGCGUGAUGAGUUCCUGGAUCUGGCUGAGUCACCGACAGCCUCGGAUAACGAAGGCAUCGAGGACAUUCUGAUGAAGCCUCGGCUUUCCUUACGAGACCCAGAAGAGCUGAAAGAACCAGCUGGAUCAGGAGCUCUCAACAUGGCCGCCGUGCAGGACCUGAGGAGCGACUCUGAACGUCUCAACGAGGUUAAAGGUCAUCUAGAGAUUGCUUUACUGGAGAAGCACUUCCUGCAGGAGGAGCUGAGGAAGCUGCGAGAGGAGACCAAUGUGGAGACGCUCAAGCAGGAGCUGGAGAGGGAGCGCUGCAGGAGAGUGGAUUUGGAGCAAAAGAUGAACGAUGUGCUAAAAGCCAGGUUAGAAGACUCUCCUCCCCAGAUGUCCCGUAAACAACAGUCACCCUCCGCAAAUGGCACAGGUAAACAACCACGUGCAGGUUACGAGAAGCAACAAAAAGAGACACUGUGGUCUCGCCUGCAGAAGUGGCUCUACGACCGGUUUGGGGUUUACAUCGAAGACUUCCGUUUCCAGCCGGAGGAGAACACAGUGGAGCCGGAGGAGCCGCUCAGUGCUAAGAGGUUAACAGAAAAUAUGAGGCGACUUAAGCGAGGUGCCAGACCUGUAACUAACUUCUUGAGGAACCUGUCAGCCUUAUCCAACUGGCACUCAGUGUACACGUCAGCCAUUGCCUUUAUUGUCUACAUGAAUGCUGCAUGGUAUGGCUGGGCCAUUCCUAUGUUCCUGUUUUUAGCCAUUCUGAGGUUAUCCUUGAAUUACCUCAUUGCAAGAGGAUGGAGGAUUCAGUGGAGUAUUGUGCCUGAAGUUUUUGAACCUGUGGAACCUCCAAAAGAAGACUUGACUGUCUCUGAAAAGUUUCAGUUAGUCCUUGAUGUUGCACAAAAAGCACAGAAUCUUUUUGGAAAGAUGGCAGACGUUUUGGAGAAAAUCAAAAAUCUGUUCAUGUGGGUGCAGCCUGAGAUCACUCAGAAGCUGUACAUUGGUUUGUGGGUGGCCUUUAUCUCCUCCUGCGUCCUGCCCUACAAACUCAUGGGCUUUAUUCUGGGGCUGUAUGCAGGCAUCAAAUUCUUCAUCAUCGACUUCCUGUUUAAGAGCUGUCCCAAGCUGAGGGACAAGUAUGACACACCGCACAUCGUGUGGAAUAACCUGCCCACGGACCCCCAGCUUAAAGAGCGCAGCAACGCCACCAUGUCCAGACGGCUGUCUGGGUGUGAGAAGAUCCCACCGGUGGUGUCGCGGAGUAGCUUAGCAACCAUUCCCUCAGGAAUGAGCAGAGAGGACGACAGUAGCCGCUCACACACCACCAAGAGAGGAGCCUUCUAUGAGAUCUUCAACUUGCCAGAGAUAGAAAGGCCUCUCCCUGUGUGUGAGAACGGAUGGAGGUGUUGUUUGAUCAAUCGGGACCGGAAAAUGCCCACUGACUACAUUCGCAACGGUCUGCUCUACGUUACUGAAAACUACUUGUGUUUUGAGAGCUCCAGUUCCAGAUCAGGCUCCUCCAAAAAGAACAAAGUCAUCAAGCUUGUGGACGUCACAGAUAUCCAAAAGUAUAAGGUCUUGUCUGUUUUACCUGGGUCAGGAAUGGGAAUCUCUAUUGCCACACCCUCAACACAGAAGCCGUUGGUGUUCGGUGCCAUGAUCCACAGAGACGAGGCGUUCGAGGCGAUCUUCACUCAGUACAUGAAGAUUGUGACCACAGGCUGCCACGAGACCUAGCGCAUCAUGAACCCUCCAGAGAAACGUCCACUUCUCUCUCUCUGUCUCUCUCUCUCUCUCUCUCUCUCUCCUGUCUCGUUGCUGUCUGAUUGAGCAGGCUGGAACUGAUCAGUUAGGUUGGCUGUGGCUAGAUGAUCUCAAUGUGAUGGUUGAGAGCAAACAGCAACACAUUCCUGUGGAGAGAUUUUCACACUGACGGCUCAGGGGGGGCCGGACCUCCUCGCCUGCCUAAAUGACACACUCGCUGAGGAGCAGAGUGUAGACCUGCAUAUAGACCUCUGUGGUACCUGUGAUUCUCAACACUUGAUUGUGUGUUUAUUUGUCAAGGCUUUGCUUUGUACUGCCUGUCAGGAGAGCAUGCACGAUGGCCACUAACAUGCUCACAGAUGACUGAUGAAGCCCGUUUGUGUUCCUUUACAUCGUUACGCUGCAAGCACAAACACACUCGCGCAAGCACAUUUAACCCAUCACUGAUUAACAGUGUGCUACAGGUGGCUUUGAAGCAAAAUCGGAUUACUCCUGCUGCACAGCACUGUCGGGAAACGGUGUACUUUCAAAUGUGACGUGUAUUAACUGCCUUUCUUCAUAGUUAUUUAUUUUGAUAAUAGCUAAUAAAAUGAACGAUAUUUCAGUUACUGACUAAUCAAAUGAUCGAAUUGGAUCGGAUCUGCUCGAAAGAAAGUCAUCGCAAUUAUUUUAUCGAAACAGCACCGAACAGCUGUCUUUAAUCGUAGCACAUUCAAACAUCAUCUAAGCUGUUUAGAGGAGUUGCAUCAUGUAUCGAAGAAUAACUCUACAAUGUGUAGACACAAGUAUUAAAAUCACCCUAUGCAAAGUACCAAUAGUAGUCAUUAAAAGUAAUAAUGUUUUGUAGUUUACAAAAUAAUGUAGUUUUGUAACUACAGAUGGAAAAUCUGGAUCGAGAUCUUAUUAAAGCUAAGCUGUAGUUUCUCUAAAGAUGCUGAAAACUCGACUAAUAACGAUGUUGUCAAUGGAGUUAUAGAGUUAUAUUAACUGAAUAGUUAUUAUAAUAAUAAGAGAAAUACCUACCGCACAUGAAUCUCUAAUAUCUUAGUAAAUAAGUAAAUUCCCAUCUCUGUCGUUCUCCAGUAGUGAGGCGUUUCUGCACACAAGUCAAGUUUGUUUGUUUGUAUAGCGCUUUUAACAAUAGACAUUGUCCCAAAGCAGCUUUACAGAAUCUGAAUGACCCAAGACAUGAGCCAAUUUUAUCCCUAAUCUAUCCCCAAUGAGCAAGCCCGUGGCGACGGUGGCAAGGAAAAACUUCCCCAGACGACACAGACACCAUCACCUCCUUGUCUCCUUCCGACUAUUCAGUACCCAUCCCUGUCUUUAGGGGGCGCGCUAACAAAGCCGAAGCCGCUCAGAACUCCAGCCUGAGAUCUCGGAGUUCUCCACUGUUUCACACUUCCACUCUUUAGUUCAGGGCGAGGUCUGGAUUCACAAAACCAUCGUGAAAUACAAUAUGUUGAGCUCCCUGGCUGCAUUUUCAGCCACGGAACAGUGAGUAUGAGGAAUUCAUCUGAGCAGCCUGUUUUUUUCAGAUGAUUGACAGAUCAGUUUACAGUGAGGAACAGCAAUGGCAGACACUGAACGAGAAACGAACAACAGCUCAACGAACCACUGGCAUAUGUUAUGUGAUGCCUUCUGUCGUUUUGAGUCUGAAUUUUCAACAGGCUUUUUAAACAGAGACUACAGUCUACAUCAAAAGCUUUCUUGAAGGCUGUUGUGGGCACUCAGAGAAAGUCUCAGCACUCGUACUGCAUCAAUAUUGUUAUGAAAUCCAAACAAAUAUUGAUUGACCUUCAGAUAUGCGAUGAGGCAUUUUCUACCUUUUCGAAUGCUGUACGUAUUUAUCUCCAGAUGAUCGUGAGUAUUUGUCUCUUUCUCGUCCUCCUCCUCUCCUUUGAUUACAGGUUGCAGCAAAGAAUGCACAGCUGUGGGCACUGAAAGGUUCAGACUGAAAAGUACCAUUCCUCUCGAUAUCAAUGAUGAAUAACAGUGUUUCACUCACAGGCAAGCGCUAGUAUCUCCUUAUGCUCGAUUUAAUCCUUGAACUGUAAGACCGCACACGUUCAAACCUCAUAGCUUGAGACGUCCAGGUUUGAUCCUGAGCCAGUUUCUCUGAGUUCUCUGAGUGUCUGCAUAGAUUUCCUCUGGGUUCUCUGGUUUUCUCCCAAAUACCAAAAACAUGGAGGGAGGUGGACUGGCUACUCUAAAUUUCCUCCAGUCCGUGUGUGUGUGUGUGAGGGCGGAGACUGUGACCAGGAUAAGGGCCUGGUCCCACAACACCGAUAACUAUACUUAUAACUACAAUUAUGACUUAUACCUCUGCCUGGAUUUAGUUCCAGUCUGGAGCAGUCACACCACAACUAUAAUCCCAACUAUAAUAUCGCUUGGUCCUGUCACUCAGGGAAAUAAAUGCAUGCAACUUAGGAAUAGUCAGGAAGUUUUUCCAAGUAGCACAUUAUUCCGAGUCACACUGUACAGCUUGGACUUCAAAACAGCACAUGGACACACCCCGGUGGUUGACAAAAUACAGAUAGGUCACAGAUUACGGAAAUAGAAUAAAAAAGGAUGCAAAAUACAUAUAUAUAUAUUAUUUACCAGCUGGGAGGUCCGUAUCGUGAAAUACCGUGACCGAGGUCUUGAAAAUACUGACCGAAGCCUCUUGUCUGAGGUCAGUAUUUUCAAGGCCGAGGUCACAGUAUUUCACGAUAUGGACCGACCUUAAGCUGGUAAAUAAUUUUUUUUUUUUCUUUACCAAAUUCUAACAGAAAAUGAGAGCGCCCGAAAGGGAAACCAUAUUUAGAACAAACCUGCUACAAGCUCGUUUUCGGCUUUCUCCUGAAAUGUUUUCUUUUAUUUCGUCUUCAUCAGGGUAGUGAAACUCCGUUUCGCUGUGAACACUGUCAUUAUCGCUAUCCAUGCUGUAAAAUUAAUGCUAUUAUACUGAGAAAUGCGAAAAUAAAUGUUGACAAAAAAUUGCUACUAUGUUUGUUGUUGUUGUGAACGAGCGAGUCGACAAAGGUCCAUAACCAGGGUCCGGAUCGUAGGAUUCCGGACCGCUUGCGAGCCAAUCAGAGCGCAUGAUUUAAUGGAAACUGGACUGCGAAAAAAAAUGAGUGGUUACGGAUUUUAAUACGGAUGCUAAUAAUUUACAGAUUGGUCACAGACGUUUCAGUAUAUUACAGAUUGGUUACCAAUUUCAUACGGAUGAUGCAUCACAGAUUUAAAAAAAAAAAAACUCAGAAGUCCAAAACAACUCAAUGUUUGGACUGCUGAAGUUCAUAAUGAAAAUAUCUUACUUGUAUUUACAUGUUUAUUAAUUUAUGAUUGAUAUUUCAUGGAAAAUAUCACAUAUCCAUGAAUAAACAAUCCAUGCUUUGGAUUAUAUUUCUUAUUUUCCGUGAAUCUGUAUUCCAUGACUUCACGAUGCAACAAAGAUCUCCUCUCCUCUCAUUAUCUCUAGCCGCUUUAUCCUGUUCUACAGGGUCGCAGGCAAGCUGGAGCCUAUCCCAGCUGACUACGGGCGAAAGGCGGGG